CAUCGUUAUCGUUAUCGCGAACAGCUGUGCUUAUAUUUAACAAUUUGAUUGAGCUAAUUUCAAAAUGACAGAACAUGUCGUUAAAGUACUGCAGCGCACACAGCUGAGCCACAGUCAGUCGGAUGUGAAGCACUUCAUUUAUUUGCACAGCAAGUGGCUAGAGGAUGUCACCGAACUGGAGCUAUUUCUCACAUCGAGCAAUGCGAGCUAUCGAGCUACACUGAAACAUGAUGAAGUUAGAAGCGCUGCCGAAGACCUCAGUCAGCCCUAUAAUGAGUUCUAUGCAGAGUGCAAAAAGGCGCUGACCACACAAAUGGGUAUGCCCGGCUUCGAUUAUGACUUGGACGAGCAACAGUUACGAUUUAAGCUCGUGAAAUGCUUAGGCUUCGAAACGUUCUAUGUCGAUGUGCCAAUACGCAAAAUAUCCAAUUGCCAUCAGUUGUUGGAUGCGGCCGUUGAAUGUGCACAUCAACCCCAUCAAAUUGAUACCUCAGACAGCACCGCUGUCCUGCUAGAAACAGGCGCCAGUCAAUCCAAUAAUGAGCUGCUCGCCGAAUACGAGCAGUAUAUCAAAGACGCCAAGCUGUCGGAAAGGAAAUUACUGAAGAAGUUUAUCAUGCUCAUCAAUAACAAGAAACAACGUAUUGAAGAACUGGAACGGAAACUAGAACAUCGUCAAAAUAAUACAGUUGACGAGGCGGAGAGCGAUGUGGGUGACCCCGAUGAUGAUGAUGAUGUUUAUUGCGGCGCCACACAGGCUAUGACUCAACGCGAUCUAAUGCAGGACUGAUGUUAUAAGAGAGUUGAAACAUUAUAUCAGAUAAUGUUCGCAAUUAUAUUCUAUCUGUAUAUUAUACAAUUCAUUUUGUAUAUAUUAUCUCUAAUGUAAUGCUCGAGUACCUGUAACAUCCAUAACUAAAUAUAACUACACAACUAACAAAAACUAUUGCAAUAUUUGUCCAUUCCUGUGACUCGUUUUUGUUUUCUUUAAUAAAUUAUCUUUAUAAGGUAUAUGUGUGUAUAAGUAUGUAUAAAUAAACAACAAAUAGAUUUUUUCCUUUAACAUAAUAUACAAUACAAUUACAA